GACUAAAAGCUGUGCCCUGUGCCUUGUCGUUACGUCUAACAAGGUGAGCAUUCAGCAAGAACACGGAUUUCCAGCUUCUCCCAGAGGUAAUUCAUUUCACCGAGUGUCUAUUUACAAGCAGACAUGGCACUGCAGAACAAAACAGGGCUAUAUUACCCAAGCCAAACCCUGGACCCUGAAAUAGACAUAGAAGAAGUGAUUUUUUCCCAGAACAUAAUUUCACGGGUAUUACAUGGAUACAUAGGGAUCAUGGUCCCACUCGGGAUAUUGAUUGGUAUCACUAUUCUUGCAAUCAUCAUCAGGAAAAGAAUUUGCCAUCAGAAUAUGGAGAACAUGGACUUUUAUCUUUUGAGCAUGGCCGUCACAGACCUUACAAUAAUUCUUUAUUCUCUCACUGCUAUAACAAGGCCGAGUUAUAUGGAGAUAACAAACCUGGCCUGCGGGGCGAUCUCAUCUCUCUUCAAUGUGAGCUACUUCACCUCUCAGAAUCUCCUGCUUCUAAUGUUCCUCACAAUGAUUGCUCCAAACAGUUCAACUUUGAGGUCACUAACGGCCAUGGUAAACCAUAAUCGUCUAGCAACUCUGUCUGUCACGGUACUUUUCUCGGUUCUAUUGUCCCUCCUGGCAACAUCAUUACUGGGCACACACAAGGACCUUCACACCACAACAUUCUGCCAGCUGGACCCACUCAAUGCCAAACCAGAGUAUGACCUUGUAAAGUUCACGGCUGGAUUCUGCUUCCCAACUCUUCUUACGCUUCUAUUUUUUCUGUUACUGGUUUAUCAGUUAAGACAAGCAGAAGAUUCCACAGUAAAGGAAAAUGUGCAGGCCCAAAAAGUGACCCUUCUUCAUGUUGUCGUUAUGUUUGCGAGCCGCUUAUUCUACAAUGUCAUGCUGAUUAGACGGACAAGUCUAAAGUUGUGUGUUCUCAGUAUGUCUCCCAUAGAGGAGCUGCUAUUUAAUACUGCGGAACUGGUGCUAUUCAGUGGAAGUUCCCUAAAUCUACUCUUCACCCUCACUUUACAUGGUCCAUGCAGAUUAGGAGCAAGAAUUCAAUACAUUUAAAAUAUAUAAAGGGGCAUUUUUGGAUAAGAAUGGACUACUCUAAUGGAAAUUUUAAGGGACAUUCGUCAGGGGAACAGAUUGUGCUUUCAAAAUGCAAUGUGCUCAAGAAGAAUCUCAUGCUGAAAUCUGAUUUUCAUCUAAAGAGGAAAAAGACGAAUUUAUAUUCAAAUGAGAACGAAGACAUUAGGUAAGCCGUUCCCUUUGCUUUCUCUGCUUCCAAACAACUUCCUGAACUCUGCAUGAGAUUAUAAAUAAUCAGCAGGGCCCUCUUUCUCUCUCUUGUAUCUGUAUCUGAUCUGUAUAUUUCAUGUAUACAUCCUUCUAUUGUACAGAGCGGCAGAAUAUGUUUGCACUUUAUAGAAAUAAUCAUACCAGCAAUAAUUGAUAAGCUACAGCCUUCCAUUACAGCUGCCCAGCAACACUACAAAACCACACAGGCAGCUUAAUUGCUUCCUGACGGAAUUGCCCAUAGUGUGUGUGUGUGUGAAUGCAAUAGGGACAUUAGAGUGUAAGCUCCACAGAAGCAGGUUCUAAUGUUAACUAUGUGAAGUCUCUGCAAAGUGCUAUGGAAUGUGUCAGUGCUAUUAAAGAAUAAUAAUAAUUAAGGAGGAGUGCCAUCCAAUCCCAUCCUCCUUCAGUCACUGAUUUAA